AAAACAAAAAGAAUUUGGCAAAAAGAAAAACACACACUCGGUGGAUUGUUGCAAAAAAAAAAAGGCUGCUCAUCUGUUCGAAAUUUGUGGUUCUGUUGUGUGAUAAUGGAUGUGAUUAACAAAUUCUACUCGUCGGCAGUGCAAACAGUGUCGCAGUUGUCAGGAGUGCUGCCUGGCAACAAUGUAACACGGGAGUAUGAAGUCUUGGAACAGGUUUGCACAGCGGGUGUGGGACUCAUGUGGAAGGUUUACAAUGGGCACAAGAAGAGCACAAAGCAGGAAGUAUCAGUGUUUGUGUUUGAGAAGAAAUGUUUGGAGCGCUGGUCCAAAGAUGAUCGGGAAACGAUGCUGGAGACACUGCGACGUGGUGUCCAGCAAUUGACCAAGAUACGUCAUCCACAUGUGCUCACUGUACAGCAUCCGCUCGAGGAGAGUCGCGAUUCCUUGGCCUUUGCCACUGAACCCGUUUUUGCCUCUCUCGCCAAUGUUGUGGGUGAUUCGGUGCGUUCCGAUCGGAAACUCUAUGAUGUGGAGAUUCGACAUGGUCUGCUGCAGCUAUUCGAUGGUCUGCAGUUUCUGCACAACGAUGCCAAGAUUGUGCAUCGCAACAUUAGCGCCGAGACAAUUGUGAUUAAUAAGAAUCGCAGCUGGAAACUGUUUGGCUUUGAUUUCUGUAUUGCCAAUCAGCCGUCCACGAAUGGCACAGCUCAUUGGCCGUGUCGGGAGCACAGCACCUCCCUCCAUGUCCUGGCCCAGCCCAGCCUCGAGUACACAGCACCCGAGCUGGCCCUGAACAGUAUCAACACACCCGACAGUGAUCUCUUCUCGCUGGGCGUUCUUAUCUUUACGAUUUACUCCGGCAAACCUUUGAAGAUGUUUGGCAGCGAUUACAGUGGCUUCCGGCGUUAUGCCAACGAGCUGAAUCAACGCAAGUAUCCGGCCAUGAAUACGGUUCCCAAUGAGCUAACGGAGAGUCUAAAGGCCCUGUUGCAUCCCAGCGCCAGUUUGCGGCCCAAAUUGCAUGAGCUGAAACAGAUUGCAUACUUUCAGGAUGUGGGCGUGAAGACACUCAGCUAUUUGGACUCCUUGUAUCAGUGGGAUAAUCUGCAGAAAUCGAAAUUCUACAAGGGUCUGCCACAAAUAAUACCAACGUUGCCGCAUCGCGUUAAUUUACACUCCAUAUUACCAUAUUUAAUCAAGGAGUUUGUCAAUUCGCCAAUGAUUCCAUUUGUGCUGCCCAAUGUGCUAUUGAUUGCCGAAAUGAGCAGUCAGCGGGAAUAUUGUGAUCAUAUAUUGCCACAUCUCAAGCCCAUUUUUAAGCUCACCGAUCCCAUACAGAUUUUGUUGAUAUUUAUGCAAAAGAUGGAUUUGCUGCUGAAGCUCACGCCGGCGGAGGAAGUGAAGCAAAGUGUGCUUCCAUUGUUGUAUCGUUCGCUGGAAUGCGAUAUGCCACAAAUUCAGGAACUCUGUCUCGGUGUUCUGCCCACUUUCUCCACUCUCAUCGAUUAUAAUGCCAUGAAAAAUGCUGUUAUACCACGAAUCAAAAAACUCUGCCUGCACAGCAAUAAUGUUUCGGUGAAAGUCAACUGUUUGAUUUCGAUUGGCAAAUUGCUCGAGAACCUGGACAAGUGGCUAGUUUUGGAUGAGAUUUUGCCGUUCUUGCAGCUUAUACAAAGUCGGGAACCCGCAAUUGUAAUGGCCAUAAUAGGCAUUUAUAAAAUCGCCAUGACGAACACCAAACUUGGCAUAACCAAGGAUGUGAUGGCUCACAAAUGUAUACCCUUCCUGGUGCCACUAAGCGUGGAGAAUGGACUGACCAUAGCGCAAUUCAAUACAAUCAUAACGCUGAUCAAAGAGAUGCUGGGCAGAGUGGAGCAGGAGCAACGCGAGAAGCUGCAGCAAUUGUCCACAAUACAGCGAGACAACAAACCUAAGGAAGCUUCCGAAAUACUGGCCAAUGAAAUGGAAAAUAAUACGCACUCCAAUACGUCCAGUUUUGGGGUCAGCAAUGGCGACAAGGGCGAUGAUGAUAUGUUCUCCGGUUUCAGUGUGGGACAGACAGCGCCAAAAGCCGUAGCACCUACAUUGGCGCCUGUCAAGACCAAGGAACAGCUUAAAAUAACGCACAAUACAGCGAAUGAGGCAGCCACAAAGCCGGACAUGUUCAGCUCUUUAAUGCAGAGCAAUCUGAGCAGUUUGGCCAUAAACCAAACAACACCUGGAGCAACUGCAGCAGCAGGAACAACUCCGCAGCUAACUAUGCCCAGCAGCAACAAUAGCAACAAUUGGCAUAGCGCAAAUCCCUUGGUUAUGAAUCAUAUAUUAGCGUCUCCACAAGCCAGCAACAAUAGCAACAACAACAAUAACUUCAACUCGCUGGACGACUUAGAUCCAUUUGGUUCCAACCAAACCAACCAGGCAGUAAAUAAACCCAAUAAUACAAUGUAUACACUACAACAGUCGACAGUCAACUACAUUUAUCCAACGGGUUACAAUGCAGCCAACAACAGCAUGAAUCUUGGCCUAAACAAGCCUAUGAAUAUGGGCGCAACUGCCACGCCCACAGCCACGUUGAUGCCACAAACACAGCUAACACAGUCGACAGAUAGUAAAAAUUUAAAUAUGCUCUCACAGCAGGACAUACUUAAUUUCUUGAACUAAAAAACACCACAACAUUCCCAAGUAGCCAAUGUUUUAACCACAACUAUUCCAUAUAUUAUAUAUAUAAAUUAUAAAUGUUAAUGUUAAUUUUAAUGCAUGAAUGUCUGUGUGUUAAGAGUGUGUCUGUGUGCGUGUGUUUAGUUAGUCAAGUUUUGCUCGUUGCAACGUUCAACAAAAUAUCAAUUCAAUAAUGUACGAAUGUAUUUUUAUGUAAUUUAUUGUUAGUCUAGGCCAAAAAGUCAAACAACCUACUAUUAUUAUACAUAAUAAAUACAUAUACAAAUGUGCAAUUUGCUCCUUAGUGUAUUUAAAGUACACAAAUUAGUUAAAAUAUACUUAUCCUUGCGUAUAUAAUC